AUACACCAACACACAGCGAAGAGAGAGAGAGAAAGAAAGAGAGAGAGAGAGAUCUUCUCCCUCUCUGCGAUUUUUCUCCAAUUCCCUUUAGGGUUUCGCUACGCCAAUCCCAUCCACAAAACCUACGCUCACCGGAGCUCCGACCACGUGGCCCAUGGAUUCAUCGGGGUCGAACCGGUUCGACAUCUUCGAGAUUUACCGGCGUUACUCCGAUAUUAGAUCACAAUGUGCAUAUGUUGAUGGGAAAGUGGGCUACAAACAAGAUAAUGAAUCGCAAAUGUCGAAAAUUUCAAGGGAUGCAUUGACACAACUCUUAAAAUUUGUGGAGUCAAGGGUUGAUACAAGGGUUUCGAUUUUUGAUGAACUUUUCAAGCUCAUUUCACGGCUAGACUUGGUGGUAGACUUCUCUGAAUUCUCUCGCUUCUAUGACUUUGUUUUCUUCAUGUGCCGUGAAAAUGGUCAAAAGAACAUCACUGUAAGCAAGGCAGUUAGUGCAUGGAGGUUAGUCUUAGCUGGAAGGUUUCGACUGCUUAAUCAAUGGUGCGACUUUGUUGAGAAAAAUCAACGACAUAACAUCUCCGACGAUACUUGGCAGCAAGUUUUAGCUUUCAGCCGGUGUGUACAUGAAAAUCUGGAAGGGUAUGAUCCUGAAGGUGCUUGGCCUGUUUUAAUUGAUGACUUCGUUGAGCAUAUGUACAGGGUUUCCGGAACUAAUGAUAACUCUAACUUCUUCUGUAACUGUGGUGAUUCAGAAUCCCAGUCUUCUGUACUUGAAGACCCUCUUCCUGGACUGAAAGAAUUUCCUGGUUUGAAGAGGAAGUUACCUGAGGACCUUCAACAAGAUGAAAUGGAGUCCUCACCUACCGUCUUCCCUCACUCUACAGACCUGGAUCCUGCUCUGUGUCUUAAGAGAAUUAGGCUGACUGCUCACAAAUUGGCGAAACGGGAGAAUAAUCCGCCAGGGAAUACUACAGACGACUGCAUGGAAAUCGUUAGACAUAAUAGUCAAUUGUGUUCUUCCAAGUCUCCUUGUGCAGUUGAAGGUUGUUUGUCAAAGGGCUUUGCAGGGCUUUUUUCAACACGUGCUUAUUUUCAGUUGGAUCGGGAAAGGAGAGUUUCCUUCACAUAGAGCUCUCCAACUGAGUUGCAAUGGAUUGAGAUCUCUUUCAAUUGGGGAGAAAUUGGAGAUUCUCCAAUUGUUAAUCGUGAUCCUUUAUUUUAAAUUCAAUGGUCUAUAAAUGCCAACUGCUUUUGUAUAACUGAAGUAUUAAAUGUUAGCUUUUGUUUUACCAAGGUUUAAAUGAUUUUAUAGACCAAAUGAUUUUACAGACCAUUAGAUUUAAAAUGAAGGGUCACGAUUAACAAUUGGAGAAUCUUCAAUUUCUCUCCGAUUAGAGAUCUCAAUCCAGUUGCAAUAGAGAAAUAUUUCCUUGGCGAGUUGAUGAUAUGAUUGGAUAUAUAAUCAUUUGUAUUUUCCCUUCUGGGGUGUUGUAUUGUUUGCACGUGAAUAUUAAUUGUUUUCUUUUUUUGAUUGGAAAAUUAAUAAAGGGUAAUGUUUCUUUGUC